UGUGUUGAUCAGAGGAGCUGAGACAUCCAACCCCCUACAUGAACACUCUUGGGUGGAACAAGAUGGAUUACCAAACACCAAAUACAACUGAUUACUCUUAUUAUGACAUGCCAGAACCCUGCCAAAAAACCAGCGUGAAACAGAUCGGGGCUGCACUCCUGCCUCCACUCUACUCGCUGGUGUUCAUCUUUGGUUUUGUGGGUAACUUGCUGGUUAUGCUCACCCUGAUAAACUGCAAAAAGCUCAAGAGCAUGACCGACAUCUACCUGCUCAACCUGGCCAUCUCUGACCUGCUGUUCCUCCUCACCAUCCCGUUCUGGGCUUAUCACGCUGAGAAUGAGUGGGUCUUAGGGAAUGUGAUGUGCAAGGUGCUCACAGGCCUAUAUCACAUCGGUUAUUUCAGUGGAAUCUUCUUCAUCAUCCUCCUGACAAUUGAUCGGUACCUGGCUAUCGUCCAUGCUGUGUUUGCUUUAAAGGCCAGGAAGGUCAGUUUUGCGGUGGGGACAAGUGUGAUCACCUGGGUAGUGGCUGUGCUCGCCUCUCUCCCAAGAAUCAUCUUCACCAAGUCCCAAAAAGAUAGUCGUUAUACAUGCAGCCUUUACCUCCCAUCUAAUGACUUUCAUUUCUGGAAGAAGCUCAUUGCAUUAAAGAUAUUCAUCUUGGGCCUGGUCCUGCCACUGCUCAUCAUGAUCAUCUGCUACUCAGGAAUCCUAAAAACGCUGCUGCGGUGUCGAAAUGAGAAGAAGAAGCACAAGGCAGUGAGGCUCAUCUUCGCCAUCAUGAUAAUGUACUUUCUCUUCUGGGCUCCCUACAACAUCGUCCUUCUCCUGAACACCUUCCCGGAGUCCCUUAACCUAAAUAACUGCAUUAGCUCUAAUAGGCUGGACCAGGCCAUGCAGGUUACAGAGACCCUCGGGAUGACGCACUGCUGCAUCAACCCCAUCAUCUACGCCUUCAUCGGGGAGAAAUUCAGAAGCUACAUCAUGAGGUUUUUCCAAAAGCACAUCGCCAGGAGGUUUUGCAAACACUGUCUCAUCCUCCAGCAAGAGGCUCUGGAGCGAUCAACCUCAAUUUAUUCCCAAUCCUCCAUCAAGCAGGAAAUCUCCGUGGGCUUGUGACCUAGGCUCAGUUCUUAGACACAGCCUAACUUUAUUAGAUAUUUUAAUUAGACAUCAAUUCUGGGAAACCUGAUCACUGUAUGUUGAUGAACAGCAUCUCUCUCCUCCAUGUACCUUAAUUUAUUGGCAAAGUCUCUCUUCACUGCCAAAGUUCAUUAUUUCUUUAAAACUCCUCAGAGACUUGCUGAUUCAUGAGUUGACUUACCUGAGCAGGAAUACCAAAAUUAAUCAAGACACACAUUGGUGGUUCCCUACCUGUGAGGGCAACGUACAGGUUGCAAAUGUGCUUCAGAUGUGCUUGUCUUGCUGUGGAGAGAAAAGAGAUGAAUGUGAUCAGUUACCUGAUGACACCUUCCACACGUGAUCUCCCCUCCAAGCUGUGGGUGUUCAGGACCCACGAGAGCCCUGUGGCCUGGCCAGCACUGGCAAGAAUCUUCAACUGGCCGUUUGAAGUGCCCUAUUGGCAGGGGAGGGGAGAGAAGAUGAGCUCAGGCUUCAGGAGCUGGGCCUGGAAAGACACGUGACUGGUUGGGGCUGGGGCCCCAGGUUGGUCAGAGACCCUCAGCAGAGCAGGGAGCCCUGGCCAGGCUGCAGAAAGCUCAUUCCAGAGAAUGACCUGGGAAGGUGAGUGUUUAAGGCAAGGAGACCAGCAACAAGCAGUCGGUAUGUGGGGCCUCCACUAGCUGGAGGCCCCAGAAUGGGAACGAGGGCUGUCUUCUCAUAUUUGGGAUGAGCUCUUCAGCAGAAUUUGAGGUGGAUUGGGGUUGAAAGUGAGGGGCAGGGGCGUCAGAAAUCGCUCCUAGCUUUCAAACGUGCAGACUGGAGAUGGCCUAAAGAGACUUAGAACUUGGAAGGAGGAGGAGGGUUAGAUCCAAACCAGGAGGGGCUAGUGGCAGAGGAAGGCCGUUUUGUGAGCUUGACACAGGCCCUCACAGACAGGCCCUGGGCUGUCUCCCCUUGCCCUCAGAGCCCUGCUUCCUGUCCCCUCAAAUGAUGAGCCCCUCCAGGGGCCUGAGUGGAUAGUGGGGGGAUCAGAGGUCUCAGGGCCUGAGGCACUAGAGGCAGAACUUGAGGUCUUGUAGCACCAAAAGGUCAAACCUGAGAACUGGUUGAGGGUUACAAAAUCAGUGAAAAUCCAGAGCUUUAUGAGCAUUAAAUAAAGAGACCCGGUAGAGGCAGAGCGGCUCCAGUGAUUGCCCUGGGCAUGCCGCAAUUGACCCAUUUCCUUCUGGAUUUACGUAAUGACAGGCAAAGGUGAGAAGCUUCAUAUUCAUUUAGAAACAGGCCACCUAGAGAUUUAUAAGACACAAAAAGUCCAACUUCUCAACCUCCUUGUUAGAUACUCCCAGAUGUCUUCUCCAGACAAAUCAAACCCAAACACUAAGGAAUUUAUUCAUUUCAAAGAGAGAGUUAUGAUUUUGUAUGUGUGCAGUUUUAUUUUGCAGUAGCUGAGAUUGUUUCCAAUUUGGGGGUAGAGAAGACCAUUGUAGUAAACAUUAGGUGGGGAACAUAAAGGAGUGAGAAUCACCCAGUAAAUUAAGGUGUCAGAAUAACAGGUGCUUCUGAUUUUACUCAAGCUCUGAAAUAUGAAACUUGAGGGUUGUGGUGUCGGUGGAAAGCGGGUGUCAGUGCUUUGUCUUUUGCUCUUAAAGUUGUUGAGAGCGUUUGAGUAGCAUGUAACCUUGGCCUCUGGUUCAAUUCAAAGGGUCUGAUAACCUUGUGCAUGUACACGUACAUCAGACAUGCAUCAUGUGUAUACAUGUACAUAG